AAGAGCCCACGCUUAUUUAGACUCAAAUAUUUCUCUGUGGCUAUUUAUACAUAAUUCUGUUGGAGCAGUGUUAACAAAUGAAUCACUGGAUAAAAGUGUGCGCACAGCGCGUCUCACUUGUGCGCCUCAUCAUCGCCGCGUCCAGGGUUGAACGCGUGUAAUGGGAAGCACUGCCUCCCUCCUUCAUGCGUAAAUUAUGUAGGGCAGGACGGGAAUGCUGUGCUACCUCCAUUUGAGAAAACCCGGCCGGUGAAUCUGAGAGAGAAAGACAAAAAAAAAAAGAAAACACAAAAAGCCGCCUUCAACCAGCGUCUGGCAGAAGAGGAGUAGCGCAUCACGACUUUCCUAUUGUGAGGCUGAGGAGAAGAAAAGAUGGACAUCACGGAUCAAGGAGCUCAAAUGGAGCCGCUCUUACCGACGGAGCAAAGUCCCCAAGAAAAUAAAGAAGUGAGAACUGAUGAGGAGGCAGUGGUGGACCGUGGGGGCACACGCUCCAUGCUCAACACCAACUUUGAAAAGGAAGAACUAGAAGGUCACCGUACUCUCUACAUUGGGGUUCACGUUCCCCUGGGCAGGAGGUCGCACCGACGCCACCGUCACCACGGACACAGACACAGGAAGAGGUCCAAGGAGAGGGACUCCUCAGCUGAUGAUGGAAGAGAAUCCCCUUCACACACAGACACACCAGCUCAGAGGGUGCAGUUUCUGUUGGGGACAGAGGAUGGCGAUGAGGAACACAUCCCCCACGCCCUAUUCACCGAGCUGGACGAAAUCUGCCUCAGGGAGGGUGAGGACGCAGAAUGGAAAGAGACAGCCAGGUGGCUUAAGUUUGAGGAGGAUGUUGAGGAUGGUGGCGAGCGGUGGAGUAAACCCUACGUAGCCACUCUGUCUCUACAUAGUCUCUUUGAGCUUCGCAGCUGCAUCAUGAAUGGCACCGUAAUGCUGGACAUGAGAGCCAACUCUCUGGAGGAGAUUGCAGACAUGGUUCUGGAUCAGCAUGAGUUGUCGGGCACUGUAGGUCAGGAUGCCAGGAAGAGGAUCCGUGAAGCCCUCCUCAAACAGCACCACCACCAAAACCACAAGAAACUGGCAAACCGCAUACCUAUUGUACGCUCCUUCGCUGACAUAGGCAAGAAGCAAUCUGAGCCUCAUUCCAUGGACAAGAAUGGCCAAACGGUUUCACCUCAAUCCCAGCCAGCUAACAAUGAGGGCAAACAGGACGUCAGCCGAGAAAACAGCGCAGUCGACUUCAGCAAGAUUGACCUCCACUUCAUGAAGAAGAUCCCUCCUGGUGCUGAGGCAUCUAACGUCCUGGUGGGAGAGCUGGAAUUCCUAGAGCGCCCUGUGGUGGCUUUCGUCCGCCUGGCUCCUGCUGUGCUGCUCAAUGGCCUGGCUGAGGUUCCCAUCACCACCAGGUUUCUUUUCAUCCUGCUUGGCCCGAUGGGAAAGGGUCCACAGUAUCAUGAAAUUGGUCGGUCUAUUGCUACACUGAUGACUGAUGAGAUUUUCCAUGAUGUUGCUUACAAGGCCAAAGACAGGAAUGACUUGGUGGCAGGCAUCGAUGAGUUCCUGGACCAGGUGACAGUGUUACCCCCUGGAGAGUGGGACCCUUCCAUCAGAAUAGAGCCUCCCAAAAACGUUCCCUCUCAGGAAAAGCGAAAGAUUCCUCCCGUUCCCAACGGAGUGACAGAUCUUGGAGAGUCGGAGGAACAUGGAGGGCAUGGUGGCCCUGAGCUCCAGCGCACUGGGAGGUUAUUUGGCGGGUUCGUCAUGGACAUCAAGCGAAAGGCUCCUCACUACCUUUCCGACUACACAGAUGCCGUCAGUCUGCAGUGUCUGGCCUCCUUCCUCUUCCUCUACUGCGCCUGCAUGUCACCUGUCAUCACCUUCGGAGGACUCCUGGGUGAGGCCACAGAGGGACGUGUGAGUGCUAUUGAGUCCCUGUUUGGGGCUUCCAUGACUGGAAUAGCCUACUCUCUUUUCGCCGGCCAGCCCCUCACCAUCCUGGGCAGCACUGGGCCUGUUCUUGUCUUUGAAAAAAUCCUCUUCAAGUUCUGCAAGGAGUAUGGCCUCUCCUACCUCUCCCUGAGGGCCUGUAUUGGCCUCUGGACGGCCUUCUUCUGUCUACUGCUGGUGGCCACGGAUGCCAGCUCACUUGUCUGUUACAUCACACGCUUCACUGAGGAAGCUUUUGCUGCGCUGAUCUGCAUCAUCUUCAUCUACGAGGCACUAGAGAAGCUGAUCCACCUGGGGGUGCACUACCCCAUCAAUAAAAACAACAACCUUCAGAAACUUACACAGUACUCGUGUGCGUGUGUGGAGCCCAUGGACCCCAGCAAUGAGACUCUGCGGUACUGGGAGGAGAGAAACAUCACAGCCUCACAGGUCAACUGGACCAUGCUGGAGGUCAAGGAGUGCGAGAUGUUGCACGGGGAGUUUGUUGGCAGCGCCUGCAGUCCCCACGGCCCCUACAUCCCCGAUGUCCUCUUCUGGUGCGUGGUCCUCUUCUUCUCCACCGUCUUCAUGUCCGCCUUCCUCAAGGAGUUCAAGACGAGCCGCUACUUCCCCACCAAGGUGCGCGCCAUCAUCAGUGACUUUGCGGUCUUCAUUACCAUCCUCACUAUGGUUCUCAUAGAUUAUGCCUUGGGGAUCCCCUCACCUAAGUUACAGGUCCCCAGCAAGUUCAAACCAACCAGGGAUGAUCGUGGCUGGGUCAUAAACCCUGUGGGGCCUAAUCCCUGGUGGACCACCAUCAUCACCUUUGUCCCCGCGCUGCUCUGCACCAUCCUCAUCUUCAUGGACCAACAGAUCACAGCCGUCAUUAUCAACAGGAAGGAGCACAAACUAAAGAAAGGCUGUGGCUACCACCUGGACCUGUUUGUGGUGGGGGUGAUGCUGGGCGUGUGCUCGGUGAUGGGCCUGCCGUGGUUUGUGGCAGCCACCGUGCUCUCCAUCUCCCAUGUCAACAGCCUGAAGCUGGAGUCGGAGUGUUCGGCCCCCGGAGAGCAGCCCAAGUUCCUGGGCAUCCGAGAGCAGCGCUUCACUGGCUUCAUGAUCUUCACCCUGAUGGGCUGCUCUGUCUUCAUGACCUCUGUGCUGAAGUUUAUCCCCAUGCCUGUGCUGUACGGAGUCUUUCUGUACAUGGGGGCUUCCUCACUCAGAGGCAUUCAGUUCUUUGACCGUCUGAGGCUGUUUGGCAUGCCGGCCAAACAUCAGCCAGACUUCAUCUACCUUCGUCACGUCCCACUGAGGAAGGUGCACCUCUUUACCAUCAUCCAGCUCAGCUGCUUGAUCCUGCUCUGGGUCAUCAAGACUUCCAGAGCCGCCAUCGUCUUCCCCAUGAUGGUCUUGGCCCUGGUGUUCAUUCGUAAGCUGCUAGACUUCAUCUUCAGCAAGAGAGAACUAAGCUGGCUGGAUGAUCUGAUGCCAGAGUGGAAGAAGAAGAAACUGGAGGAUGCAGCAGAGGAGGAGGAGCACAGUAUUAUUGCAGAGGAAGAAGGCAUUGUACAAGUGCCACUGGAGGGACACUAUAAGUGUGACCCAGCCACAGUGAACAUCACUGAUGAGAUGUCUAAAGGAUCUUUUGGAAAUGUGUGGAAGAGUGUCAACCCUAGUGAGAGCACAAAGAAGGAACCAAGCACUAAAAGCUCCCCUUCCUAACCUCUCAGAAGCUGAUAUCCCAAAGUUGUUCCAGCGGCGGCGAAAAGCGGCACAAGCGCCGGAGACAUGAGAAGAGCUUGGACAGGGAGACAAGUUUGUGAUGACACAUACUGGCGGUGCCACUGUGCUGUCAAUCAGUAGAUCAAAAAACAAAAAACAAAAAAAAUGAUACCGUGCCACACUCAACCACCUUUGUACUGUGCUACACUGUGUUUUUGUCAUGUAAGUCCGUGUGCAAGUUGUGUAAAACGAAGAAAAAAAUUGUUAGAAACAGUAUUAACACGAGGAACCGAGACACAUUUGUGUUCUUUUUCUAUGUAUAUCAAUGUUUGGUGAUACCAGCAACAGAAGGAAGCCAGAACUUCAUGACACUUACAGUAACUGCUGUGUCAAUGGGCCAAUUAACGUAAACAUUUUAAACAAUUUUUAAAUCUAUUUUAUUUGUAUUUUGUAUGUUUUUAUAUUUUUCCAACAACAACAGUUGUGAGUUGUCCUUUUAAGAAACCUGCCACAGCAAACUGCAAAUAAGGGGAUUUUGUGUGCAGCAUCUAAUGCCGCGAUUGACUUGAUUUCACAAUAGAAAACCUUAAAAAGUAGAUAUUUGCCAAUACUAAUCUAUUUCACUGGUAUCUAAGAGUCGGCUAUAUAGCGAAUCUAGUAAUUUUUUGAAAGUAUUGAUUAAACGUUUUAUAUAUUCUGUAUAUCUAAAUGUUUUUGUGACAGUGACAGCUCAUAUCACUCCAGAGUCUUCUCCAUUGCUAUUUUACAAAUAAAUGUCUCCCUUCCAAUAAAGCAUGUCUCCAAACGAGUUUAAAGGAAUAGUUUGACACUCUGGGAAAUACACUUAUUUGUUUUAUUGCUGAGUGUUAGACAAGAAGAUUGAUACCCAACACGUUUGUGCGCGAAAGAUAAAGCUAGAGCUAGCAGCUACCUAGCUUAGCUUAGCAUAAAGACUGAAAAUGGUGGAACAGCUAGCCUAGCUCUGCCAAAUGUGACAAAAUCUGGCUAAAACUCACAAAUUUAAAAUAUUGUUUGCUAAAUCCAUACAAAAACUGAACUGUAAAACGCCUCAUUUUAGUUUCGCUACUUGCUUAAUAAUUGCUUAAUAUUUAGCGCACAGAAAUGAGAGAGGUAUCGGUCUCUUUAUCUAACUCUUGGCAAGAAAGUGAAUAUUUCCCAAAAUUAUUCACUUGAUGAUAAUGUACUUUGGGGGCAGCUUAUUGGAACAUUUUCAAGCUAGCAUUUCAGCAUAGUCCUGGAUCUUUCAUCACCUUUAGCUACUUGGCCUUGGCUUUUUAAAAACUCAUCCAACUUGUGAAUGCUGAACUUUAGGGUGACUGUACAGACAGCUCUAUGUUUUCCACCUGCAUACUCUUUGUCAUCUUGUCAGUAAGUGUCAUCCAUGGACAUGUGAUCUCCUAUCCAAAUGACCCUCAAUGUGUUAGCAUCUGAAGCUAAUUGUUUUAAAAAGAAAACACCUGCAUGAUGACGAAACAGACUUGACUGUCUCGCUGCAGGACCAUGGUUACUUCUAGAGAUGCAAUAAUACCUUUUUUCUGGGAAGGGCAACAUGUAAUAAACGGUAAAGAGUCUUAACAAUGUAUAAUAAAUAGUAUAUUUUAUUCAUGUAAAAUGUUACUAAUAUAUUACUAACAUGAAGUCAGUGUUGAAGGCAGGUUUUUGUUGUAGAUGUUCUUUUCCCAUUGUCUAAUUGAUGGUUCUUAGUUGAUUAGAGAAAUUAAUAAGGGGUCAGAAUUAUAUCAAUAUCAAAUAUUUUGACCACUUCUGUGUGGAAUUCUGCCUUAAAUUUGGUAGUGAUAGCUGUACACUUUCUGUUUAAUAAUUUAAGUCACCUGUAUAGAAACCUAUCAGUUCAGAUCUGUUGUUAUAUUGUGAUUUGUUUCAUGAGAAUGAGAGUGUGACUGAGUGA